UGGAGGAGGGAUUUACUCUAAAGCUGUGAUUAGUAAAGCUGGAAUAGUUGUGCGCGAGGAGCCGCGAGGCUGCAAUGAGAGAAUUGUAACCUGUCUACAGGUGUGGAGUGUGUGUAAUACCUCAGGAAGCAGGAUGGUGGCGCUGUCUCUGAAGAUCUGCGUGAGGCAGUGCAAUGUGGUGAAGACGAUGCAGUUUAAGCCGGCGACGGCGGUGUACGACGCGUGCCGGGUCAUCAGAGAGAGAGUUCCGGAAGCGCAGACCGGACCGGCAUCAGAGUUCGGGCUGUUUCUGUCGGACGAGGAUCCGAGGAAAGGUAUCUGGCUUGAAAGUGGACGAACACUGGAUUACUACAUGCUGAGAAAUGGGGAUGUUCUGGAGUACAGGAGGAAGCAGAGACCUCAGAAGGUGAAGAUGCUGGACGGAGCGGUGAAGACCGUGAUGGUGGACGACUCAAAAACAGUCGGAGAACUUCUCCUCACCAUCUGCAGCAGAAUAGGAAUAACGAACUAUGACGAGUACUCUGUGGUGCGGGAGACGGGGGAGGAACGGAGGGAUGAGGGGAUGAGUACACUGAGGAAGGACAGAACUCUGCUGAGAGACGAGAGGAAGAUGGAGAAACUCAAAGCCAAACUGCACACAGACGACGAGCUGAACUGGCUGGAUCAUGGCAGGACGUUUCGGGAGCAGGGUGUGGAGGAGAGCGAGACUCUGUUGUUGAGGAGGAAGUUUUUUUAUUCGGAUCAGAACGUGGAUUCUCGAGACCCGGUUCAGCUCAAUCUGCUCUAUGUACAGGCUCGUGAUGAUAUUCUGAACGGGUCUCAUCCGGUCUCGUUUGAUAAGGCGUGUGAGUUUGGUGGAAUUCAGACGCAGAUCCAGUUCGGUCCUCAUAUAGAACAAAAACACAGAGCCGGACUGCUGGACCUAAAGGAGUUCUUACCUAAAGAAUACGUCAAACAGAGAGGAGCGGAGAAAAAAAUCUUCCAGGAGCACAAGGCAUGUGGAGAAAUGACAGAGAUUGAAGCCAAAGUGAAAUAUGUAAAACUGGCCCGAUCACUCAAAACCUACGGAGUCUCCUUCUUCCUGGUGAAGGAGAAGAUGAAGAGUAAGAAUAAGCUGGUUCCUCGGUUGCUGGGCGUCACUAAGGAGUCGGUGAUGAGGGUGGAUGAGAAAACUAAAGAGGUUCUGCAGGAGUGGCCCCUCACCACCGUCAAGAGAUGGGCUGCUUCACCCAAGAGCUUCACCCUGGAUUUUGGAGAGUAUCAGGAGAGUUAUUACUCUGUUCAGACGACGGAGGGAGAGCAGAUCUCUCAGCUGAUCGCCGGAUACAUCGACAUCAUCCUCAAAAAGAAAAAGAGUAAAGAUCGUUUUGGUUUAGAAGGAGAUGAAGAGGCAACAAUGCUGGAGGAUUCAGUCUCUCCAAAGAAGUCCACUAUCCUGCAGCAGCAGUAUAACAGUGCGGGGCGGGUGGAGCACGGGUCGGUGGCGUUACCCGGCGUCCUGAGGACCAGCUCUGUGGGUCCUGAGACUCUGAACGUGGGCACCAUGCCCUCACCACAGCAGCAGAUCACCACCGGCCAGAUGCACCUCGGACACAUGCCACCACUGAGUGCGGCGCAGCAGGCUCUAGUGGGAACCAUUAACACCAGUAUGCAGACGGUGCAGCAGGUCCAGGCUGAUCUGGAGGAGGUGGAGGAGUUACCCCCACUAGGAGACGACCUGGCGUCUAAAGUCUGGAUUCAGAAUAAGGUCGACGAGUCGAAGCAUGAGAUUCACUCUCAGGUGGGAGCGAUCACCGCCGGCACAGCAUCCGUGGUUAAUCUCACCGCAGGUGGUCCGGAGGAGACGGACUACACGGCGGUGGGCUGCGCCAUCACCACCAUCUCCUCUAACCUGAGCGAGAUGUCGAAGGGCGUGAAGCUGCUGGCGGCGCUGGUGGAGGAUGAGGUGGGCAGUGGGCAGGAUCUGAUGAGGGCGGCUCGGACUCUGACCGGCGCCGUGUCCGACCUGCUGAACGCCGUGGAGCCCACGUCCGGAGAGCCUCGGCAGACUGUGUUGAAUGCAGCAGGCAGUAUCGGUCAGGCCAGCGGUGAUCUGCUGCGGCAAAUCGGAGAGAAAGAGACGGAUGAGAGGUUUCAGGAUUUUCUGAUGAACCUGGCUAAAGCUGUAGCUAAUGCAGCAGCGAUGAUGGUUCUGAAGGCGAAGAACGUGGCUCAGGUGUCGGAGGAUACGGUUCUGCAGAACCGGGUCAUCGCUGCAGCGACGCAGUGCGCCCUCUCCACCUCUCAGCUGGUGGCCUGUGCUAAGGUGGUGAGUCCGACGAUCAGUUCUCCGGUGUGUCAGGAGCAGCUGAUGGAGGCGGGGAAGUUGGUGGAUCGCUCGGUGCAGGGCUGUGUGAACGCCUGUCUCUCUGCUACUGAUGACGGGGAGCUGCUGAAGGCGGUUAGCGCCGCCGCCGGCGUCGUCACUCAGGCCCUGGCCGACCUCCUCGCCCACGUACGCAACUACGACUCCUGCGGAGAGCCAAUCGGACGCUACGACCAGGCCACCGACACCAUCAUGAACGUCACUGAGAACAUAUUCAGCUCUAUGGGAGACGCAGGUGAGAUGGUGAGACAGGCGCGAGUGCUGGCUCAGGCUACCUCUGAUCUGGUGGGAGCGAUGAGGUCGGAUGCGGAGGCUGAAAUUGAUGUGGAUAACUCCAAGAAGCUCCUCGCCGCCGCCAAGCUGCUCGCCGACGCCACCGCCCGCAUGGUGGAAGCUGCGAAGGGAGCUGCAGCGUUCCCGGAGAAUGAGGAUCAGCAGCAGAAGUUGCGGGAGGCGGCGGAGGGGCUGCGAGUCGCCACCAGUGCAGCUGCUCAAAACGCCAUCAAGAAAAAACUCAUCACCAGACUAGAGAAUGCAGCGAAGCAGGCUGCUGCAGCCGCUACUCAGGCCAUCGCUGCGGCUCAGAACGCUGCAGCCUCCAACAAAAACACCGCCGCCCACCAACAACUGGUCCAGAGCUGCAAGGCUGUAGCUGAUCAUAUUCCUCAGCUGGUACAGGGGGUACGGGGGAGUCAGGGGCAGCCUGAAGACGACAGUGCCCACCUCGCCCUCAUCAUCGCCAGCCAGAACUUCCUGCAGCCGGGCAGUAAGAUGGUGGCGUCGGCGAAGUCCUCGGUCCCGACCGUGACGGAUCAGGCCGCCGCCAUGCAGCUCAGCCAGUGCGCCAAGAACCUCUCCACCAGCCUGGCAGAACUCCGCACUGCUGCCCACAUGGCUCAUGAAGCGUGUGGACCAAUGGAGAUAGACUCCGCCCUCACCGCUGUUCAGACCCUGAGGAACGAGCUCCAGGACGCCAGAACGGCUGCCGUUAAACACCAGCUGAAACCCCUGCCUGGAGAAUCGUUGGAGAAGUGUGGGCAGGACCUGGGCAGUACAUCUAAAGCGGUUGGUUCUUCCAUGGCUCAGCUGCUCACCUGUGCUGCACAGGGCAACGAGCACUACACAGGUGUAGCUGCGAGAGAGACCGCCCAGGCUCUGAAGUCAUUGGGCCAGGCGGCGCGUGGCGUUGCCGCGGCGACUGCGGAUGCGGAGGCGGCGGUGCUGAUGCUGGACUCGGCACGGGAGGUGAUGCAGGGAUCAGAGAUGCUGAUCAGUAAAGCUAAAGAGGCUCUGGAGACUCCCGGUGACACCGAGAGCCAGCAGACCCUCGCUCAGAUGGCGAGGUCCGUGUCUCACUCUCUGAACUCCUGUGUGAACUGUCUGCCGGGGCAGAAGGAUGUGGAUCUGGCACUGAAGAGCAUCGGAGAGGCCAGUAAGAAGCUGCUGAUGGAGACGCUUCCUCCCUGCAGUAAGUCCUUCCAGGAGGCUCAGAGUGAUCUGAAUCAGACGGCGGCGGGUCUGAAUCAGUCCGCAGGGGACGUGGUUCACGCCUCCAGAGGAACCAGCAGUCAGCUGGCCGACGCCUCCGGGAAGUUCUCUGAAGACUUCGAUGAGUUUCUGGACGCUGGUAUUGAGAUGGCAGGUCACACUCAGAGGAAGGAUGAUCAGCUGCAGGUGAUUGGGAAUCUGAAGAACAUCUCCAUGUCCUCCAGUAAACUCCUGCUGGCUGCUAAAUCUUUAUCUGUGAACCCCAGAGCCGCUAACGCUAAGAGCCUGCUCGCCACUGCAGCCAGGUCUGUAACGGACAGCAUCAACCAGCUGAUCACUAUGUGCACUCAGCACAGCCCGGGACAGAGGGAGUGCGACAACGCUCUCCGUGAGCUGGAGGCUGUGAUAGUGCUGCUGGACAACCCUAAUGAACCAGUUAACGGUUUGUCGUAUUUUGACUGUAUUGAGAGCGUGAUGGAGAACUCUAAGGUCCUCGGUGAGUCUAUGGCAGGUAUCUCUCAGAACUGUAAGACAGGUGACGUGCCGGCGUUUGGCGAGUGUGUGGGCGUGGCCUCUAAAGCUCUGUGUGGGCUGACUGAGGUGGCUCGACAGACGUCGUACCUCGUGGGCGUGUCCGAUCCGAACAGUCAGGCGGGUCAGCAAGGUCUAGUGGACCCCAUUCAGUUUGCUCGAGCCAAUCAGGCGAUCCAGAUGGCCUGCCAGAACCUCGCUGACCCGGGCAGCAGCCCAUCUCAGGUGCUCUCUGCUGCCACCAUCGUGGCCAAACACACCUCAGCGCUGUGUAACGCCUGCCGCCUGGCCUCCGCCAAAACCACCAACCCCGUCGCCAAGCGCCACUUCGUCCAAUCAGCCAAAGAGGUGGCUAACAGCACCGCCAUCCUCGUUAAAACCAUUAAGGCUCUGGACGGGGAUUUCUCCGCUGAGAAUCGUGAUAAGUGUCGAGUAGCGACGGCGCCGCUGAUCGAAGCCGUCGACAGUUUGACCGUUUUUGUGUCCAGUCCUGAGUUCGGCAGCGUCCCGGCUCAGAUCAGCAGAGAGGGUUCUGCUGCACAGGAGCCAAUCCUCCAAUCAGCACGCUCCAUGCUGGACAGCUCCAUCAAGCUCCUGACGACCGCUCGCUCACUGGUCCUGAACCCUAAAGAUCCCGCCUUAUGGUCUUUACUCGCCGCCCACUCGCACACCGUAUCCGACUCCAUCAAGAGCCUCAUCACCGCCGUCAGGGAUAAGGCUCCUGGUCAGAGAGAGUGUGAUUCUGCUAUAGACAGUGUGAGGAAGUGUAUCAGAGAGAUGGAGCAGGCGUGUCUCUCUGCUGUCAGUCAGAAUCUGCCCACGCGUCAGGACAUCUCUCUGGAGGCUUUGCAGGAGCAGCUGAUGUCAUCAGUACAGGAAGUGGGUCACCUGAUUGAUCCAAUCUCUACAGCAGCUAAAGGAGAGGCGUCACAGCUGGGUCACAUGGUCUCUCAGCUGGCGAGUUACUUUGAGCCGCUGAGCAGGGCAGCAGUGGGCGUGGCCUCUAAGAUGAUGCACCACCAGGAGCAGAUGAAUCUUCUAGAUCAGAGCAGGACCCUGGCUGAGUCUGCUCUGCAGAUGCUCUACGCUGCCAAAGAGGGCGGCGGGAACCCCAAGGUGACUCUUACCCAUGAUGCCAUAGCAGAGGCGGCUCAGCUGAUGAGGGAGGCGGUAGAUGAUCUGAUGUUGACUCUGAAUGAAGCUGCCAGUGAGGUGGGGAUAGUGGGAGGUAUGGUGGACUCCAUUGCUGAGGCCAUGGGCAAGUUGGGGGCGGGGACUCCAUCAGAGACAGAAGGAUCGUUUGUGGAUUAUCAGACCGUCAUGGUGAAAUUCUCCAGAGCCAUCGCCGUUACAGCUCACGACAUGAUAGGGAAGUCGGUGAGCUCUCCGGAGGAGUUGGGGAGUUUGGCGUCUCAGGUCACGGCAGAUUACGGUCAGCUGGCGCUGCACGGACGCCUGGCUGCUGCCACGGCCGAGCCUGAGGAGGUGGGGGUGCAGAUAAAGAGCCGGGUGCAGGAGCUGGGGCACGGCUGCAUGGCGCUGGUGCAGAAAGCUGGAGCUCUGCAGAUCUGCCCCUCCGACUCCAUCACCAAGCGGGAGCUGAUGGAGUGUGCACGAACCGUCACUGAGAAGGUGUCUCUGGUGCUGUCGGCUCUGCAGGCUGGUAAUAAGGGGACUCAGGCGUGUAUAACUGCAGCCAGCGCCGUCUCCGGCAUCAUCGCCGACCUUGACACCACCAUCAUGUUCGCCUCGGCCGGAACGCUCAACACCGAAAACGACUCCGACGCAUUCGCUGAACACAGGGAGAAUAUUCUGAAGACGGCUAAAGCUCUGGUGGAGGACACUAAGAACCUGGUGUCCGGUGCUGCUACCAGUCCGGAGAAGCUGGCCCGAGCUGCCCAGUCCUCAGCCAAGACCAUCACUCAGCUCACAGAAGUGGUGAAACUGGGAGCUGCCAGUAUCGGACCUGACGACCCCGAGACUCAGGUUGUUCUGAUUAAUGCAGUGAAGGAUGUGGCUAAAGCGCUAGCUGAGCUCAUCAGCGCCACCAAAGGUGCAGCAGGUAAAGCAGCAGAAGACCCGUCCAUGCUCCAGCUGAAGGGUGCAGCCAAGGUGAUUGUAACGAAUGUGACCUCGUUGCUGAAGACGGUGAAGGCGGUUGAGGAUGAGGCCACUAGGGGCACCAGAGCGCUGGAGGCGGCUAUAGAGUGCAUCAGACAGGAACUCACAGUUUUUCAGUGUAAGGAAACUCCGGAUAAGUGCAGCACUCCAGAGGAGUUCAUCCGCAUGACGAAAGGCAUCACCACCGCCACGGCUAAAGCUGUAGCCGCCGGGAACUCCACCCGCCAGGAGGACGUCAUCUCUACAGCCAACCUCAGCCGCAGAGUCAUCUCCGACAUGCUGACCACCUGCAAGAGAGCAGCGUACGGUGACGGGGUGAGUGAGGAGGUCCGGAGCAGAGCUCUUCAGUACGGGACCGAGUGCACUAACGGAUUCCUGGAGCUGCUGGAUCACGUUCUGCAGGUUCUCCAGAGGCCGACAGUAGAACAGAAGCAGCAGUUAGCCUGGUUCUCUAAACGUGUUGCUGGAGCCGUAACUGAGCUCAUUCAGACAGCAGAGAGCAUGAAGGGUACUGAGUGGGUGGACCCGGAGGAUCCGACAGUGAUUGCUGAGACGGAGCUGUUAGGAGCCGCAGCCUCAAUCGAAGCAGCAGCUAAAAAACUGGAGCAGCUUAAACCCAGAGCUAAACCGAAGGAAGCUGAUGAAAGUCUGGACUUUGAGGAGCAAAUUUUGGAAGCAGCCAAAUCUAUUGCUGCAGCCACCAGCGCCCUCGUCAAAUCAGCUUCAGCUGCUCAGAGAGAGCUGGUAGCACAGGGCAAGGUGGGCUCCAUCCCUGCCAAUGCUGAGGACGAUGGCCAGUGGUCACAAGGGCUAAUCUCAGCUGCGCGCAUGGUUGCUGCAGCUACCAGCAGUCUGUGUGAAGCAGCGAAUGCGUCGGUGCAGGGUCACGCCAGCGAGGAGAAGCUCAUCUCCUCCGCCAAGCAGGUCGCCGCCUCCACCGCCCAGCUGCUGGUGGCCUGCAAGGUCAAGGCUGACCAGGACUCUGAGGCCAUGAGGAGAUUACAGGCUGCAGGAAACGCAGUGAAGCGAGCGUCGGAUAAUCUGGUGAAAGCAGCUCAGAAAGCAGCGUUUGAUAAGGCAGAUGAUGAAAACGUGGUGGUGAAGACCAAGUUUGUUGGAGGAAUUGCUCAGAUCAUCGCGGCGCAGGAGGAGAUGCUGAGGAAGGAGCGGGAGCUGGAGGAGGCUCGGAAGAAGCUCGCCCAGAUCCGACAGCAGCAGUACAAAUUCCUGCCCAGCGAACUGAGAGGAGACGAAGACUAAACACCAACUCACCUGUGUGUGUGUGCGUGUGCGUGUGUGUGUGGUUACAUUCACACAGCAGAUAAAAGUGGCACAAAUCAGAUGUUAAUUUUAUUCUUUUCCCACUAUCGUUUUAAUGUAAUCUGAUUCCUGCAUUGGUCAGUUCACGCUCCUAAAGUGAAGCUCAUACACUAAAGAGCAGCAGAGCUUCAUGUGAAGUUUCAGUUUCAUCUUCAUCCUCUCCAGCAUAACAGGAGCUUUCAAGCUGUUCCAGUGACUGCAGCUGGACUUAUCACAGAAAAUGCGUUCUAGCUCACUUUAAAAAGAAUACGUUAUUUUUUAGGCUACAGUCACUUUGUAAGUUGCAGUUUUGACUGGGUAAAGUAUUUGCACCAGAACCGGCUGUUCAUACUGUUCAUCAUUUUAAUGUGAUUUAUAUGUAUACAAGACAUUAGUGUGAAAAGCAGCGCUUCACAUAAAGUUUCGGUUUCAUCUGCUUUCAUCUGUCAGGUAUACAGUAUAUCACAUUAAAAAGGUGAACAGUCUAAGAUAAACAUUGUAUUUGAUGCACUGUUUUUAUUUUGCAUGGAUGCUGCAGCAGCUCCAUCCUGUAUCCAUGAUCGGACCUGAACGUGACCCUUUCGCCUGCUGUGUGAACGUAGUUUGAGUGUGUGACGAUGAUGAAGGUGUUUAGAUGAUGAAGGUUAAAUCUCUUUUAUCAUCACUGAUCUGUAAUAACGGCUUUAUGAACAGUGUUCUGAGCUCUACAGCAGGGCUGAGAGAUGUUUGGAAUGUGACCCACAGAGUGGUUGUUAUAAUAGUUGGAUGUACACUCUGUACAGUUUUAUUUAAAACAUGACAUUUUAAAAACGUAUAUAUUAAUCAUGAAUGAAGGAGAUAGCUUUGUGAUGCUGAGUUACGCUACACACUACGCUGUACGACUGUCGGGUUUGGAGUAAUGCCUCGAGUUUUAGUAUUUCUUAAUCUUUAACCAUAUUAAUGAUACGAUGUUUAAAGAUGAGGACUGCGUCUGUGCUCUGUUUGAGGCUCGUCAGACUGACUGUAUCAGACCGUCAGCUGCUACCCAUCUAGUACCUAAUCAAAUACCUUAACUACCUAUCAUCUACCUUUCAACUACUCCAACUACCAUCAACUACCCCCAACAAAUCCAAUUACCCAUCAACUACCCCAACUACCAUCAUCUACAUUUCAUCUACAUAUCAACUACCCCUAAUUUUCUAUCAACCUCCUAUCAACCACUUAACCACCAUCAACUACCCCCAACUAAACCAAUUAACCAUCAACUACCCCAACUACCAUUAACUACCUGUCAUCUGCAUAGCAACUACACCUAAUUAUCGAUCAGCUACCUAUCAACUACUCAACAACCCCAACUACCCCAACUAAUCCAAUUAACCAUCAGCUACCCCCUACUAAUCCAAUUAUUCAUCAACUACCCCAACUACCACCAAUUAGCAACUAAUCCAGCUACCUAUCAAGUACCCCAACUACCACCAAUUACCCCAACUUCCAUCAACUACCUCAACUUAUCCAACUACCCACCAACUACUCUGGCUACCAUCAACUACCCAUCAACUCCUCCAACAACCCAUCUUUCAUUUAAAACAUGCCAUUUAAAACUUGUAUAUUUAACCCUUUAAUGAGGAAAAUGGCUUUAAUGUUGUGGCGAGUUAGACUGCAUCAUGAAUAGUAUAAAAUGAUCGUGAAUAGUGCACAACUUUUUGAGAAUCACUUCCUGUGUGCUGUAUACAGAAUAAGAGUUCUAUAAAUAUAAAAAGCUACAGAGCUGCUCCCUUAUUUCAGGUUUCACCAUGAGUGCUGUUUACAGAACAACCGCAUGUAGUUUAUGCACUGAAAUAAAAAGAAAAAUCUACUUUAAAAGUGAUGAUGAGCAGUAGUUUGGGACAGUGGAACUGAUGAAUGUACUGAGUUAAUUCUACUGAGUAUAAAGCAGAAUUAUAUACAUUAUAUAUAAUAUACAGCUCUGUAAAAAAUGAAGGUCGCACUUCAGUUUCUGAAUCAGUUUCUCUGAUUUUACUAUUUAUAGGUUUAUGUUUGAGUAAAAUGCACAUUGUUGUUUUAUUCUAUAAACUACAGACAACAUUUCUCCCAAAUUACAAAUAAAAAUAUUCUCAUUUAGAGCAUUUAUUUACAGAAAAUGAGAAAUGACUGAAAUUAAGUUUUAAGAGUUCAGAAAUAAUCAAUAUUUGGUGGAAUAAUCCUGGUUUUUAAUCACAGUUUUAAUUUCAUGCAUCUUGGCAUCAUGUUCUCCUCCACCAGUCUUACACACUGCUUUUGGAUAACUUUAUGCUGCUUUACUCCUGGUGCAAAAAUUCAAGCAGUUCAGUUUGGUGGUUUGAUGGUUUGUGAUCAUCCAUCUUCCUCUUGAUUAUAUUCCAGAGGUUUUUAAUUUGCUAAAAUCAAAGAAACUCAUCAUUUUUAAGUGCUCUCUUAUUUUUUCCAGAGCUGUAUUUAGUUUUUUUGGCUGUAGAUUUAAAAUGCUCUCUAAAAUCUUGUUUUAAUAGUGCCUCUUUCUCACAUGGAGACCAAGGUGGGUUUUGUGGUUCUGCUGCUUUACUGACUUUGUUCAGAACCACAGUACUCCGGGCUCUCUGCUGUAUUUUAGUUUUUUCAGCAUUGUUUAGUUUUUAGUGCCUUAGUUCUCAUUGUACACGCUAUUUAAGACACUGUAGACCGAGAGAUUCAUUUCAGUGAUUCAGUAAAAAUAUCCUUCAGCUUUUUAUAUAUAAAGUGAAAGUUUACAGCAUAUAUAACAUAAGUGGAUAUGUUGAUUAAACAUGUUCUUUAAACCCUGGGAGCGCUCAUCCCAGAGCACUGAAUGGUACAUUUGACAUGAGCCGCUGUUUCGUUUAAAUGACAUUUUAAGUUUGUUUUUCUUUUCUGUUUUUUAAUCAGAGUGGGACAGAUAUAAUAAAGUUAUAUAAUCUUGAGUGAUGAUGUAUGUAAACUGUUUAACUGGCUGCGGAAAAGAAGUAUUCAUUGAAAAUAAAGAUUUAAAAAUUA